GAAAAAAAAUCUUAAUUGUUAAAAUCGUUAAAGACGAUAUUCUUUUUAGUAACUACUACUACUACUAAAGCUGGAGGCAACAGCUUUAAGCCUUACAGAGAGAGACAGAGAGGGUUGGAUAAGAAAAUGGAGGAGGGAGAACAGAAGCGGAGAAAUGUGGUCGUCAGAUCAAACCACGCUAGUGGUGGUGGUGGCGUCGGCGAUGAGAACGACGUCGUUGUGGAACUGAUGGGAUUGAUCGAAACCGUUGGAUCGUAUUCCGGGUACCGGAAAACGACAAGGAAGCAAUGCCUGAGCUUGGUCAGAAGACUGCAGCUUUUAGUGCCACUUUUGGAAGAGAUUAGAGAAAACGACACUACAUUGAUUUCUGCUCAGGCUCUGAAUGGUUUGGUCAAUUUGAAGACUGCACUUCUUCCGGCUAAGAAGUUGUUAAAGGAUUGUAACUAUGGAAGCAAGAUUUACUUGGCACUAGAGAGUGAAGCUGUGAUGGGGAGAUUUCUUGCCGUCUAUGACAAAUUAAAUCAAGCUUUAGAUGAAAUGCCUUAUGAUGAGCUUGGAAUCUCAGUUGAAGUUAAAGAACAGGUUGAGUUGAUGCAUACACAACUUAAGAGAGCAAGGAGAAGAACUGACACACAAGAUAUGGAGCUAGCAAUGGAUUUGAUGGUUGUGUUCUCUAAGAAAAAAGAUGAUCGAAAUGCCGAUUGUGCGAUACUAGAAAGACUAGCAAGCAAGUUAGAACUGCAUACUGUUGCUGACCUGAAAGAAGAAACAUCUGCCGUUAAAAAACUUCUGAAGAGGAGACGACAGAACUCUGAAAGCCUUCAGCAGAUGACUGAUCUUUUGAACAAGUUUAAGACCCUUGCAGGGAUUGAUGAGGCUCUUUUGAUUGAUAAUCCAGUCUCCAAAACUCUUCAGAGGUGUCCAACUUCGUUGAUUCCACAUGAAUUUCUUUGUCCAAUCACGUUGGAGAUCAUGACUGAUCCUGUUAUUGUUGCAAGUGGGCAGACUUAUGAAAGAGCAAGCAUAGAGAAGUGGCUGUUUUCAAAUCGUAGAUCAUGCCCAAAAACUGGACAGACAUUGGAUCAUUUAUCAUUAGCGCCAAAUUUCGCUCUCAAGAAUGUGAUUAGGCAGUGGUGUGAGCAGAACAACUUUGAACUUCCCAGGAAAGAUCCUGUGAUACACCCUCCUUUUGGUUGUUCUGCCGAAAUCAUUGAGGAAAUCUCCUCCUUAGUCCAAGAUCUCUACUCUUGUCAUCUUGAUGUGCGGAGAGAGGCCAUUGUGAAGAUACGUAUGCUCUCCAAAGAGAAUCCAGAGAACAGAAUUUUGAUUGCCAGCAGUGGAGGAAUCCCACCUUUGGUUCAGCUCUUGUCCUAUUCGGAUUCUGAGAUCCAAGAACAAACCGUCACAGCCCUUCUGAACUUGUCGAUUGAUGAGGCAAACAAAAGACUCAUAUCCAGAGAAGGUGCCAUACCGGCCAUAAUUGAAGUCUUGCAGAAAGGAAAUGGUCAAGCUAAAGAGAAUUCCGCAGCAGCAUUGUUUAGCUUAUCUAUGCUUGAUGAAAACAAAUUACUUGUGGGGAAUUUGAAUGGAAUCCCUCCAUUAGUGGAGCUUUUGGGGAGUGGGACAAUUAGAGGUAAGAAAGAUGCAGCUACUGCUUUGUUUAACUUGUCUUUAAACCAAGCUAAUAAGUCCAGAGUCAUUAAGGCUGGCAUAAUACCACCAUUACUACAUCUUCUUGAGGAUAAGAACUUGGGUAUGGUCGAUGAAGCUCUUUCAAUCAUCCAACUUCUUGCAUCACAUCCUGAAGGACGAAGUGAGAUAGGAAGGCUGUCCUUCAUCGAAACGCUCGUUAGAAUUAUUCAAACGGGAACUCCUAAGAACAAAGAAUGUGCUACAUCUGUUCUUUUAGAGUUGGGUUUGAAUAAUUCUUCCUUCAUAUUGGCUGCACUGCAGUAUGGUGUGUAUGAACCUUUGGUGGAGCUUGCAAGGUCUGGAACAAAUAGAGCUCAGAGGAAAGCAAACUCCCUUUUGCAGCACAUGAGUAAGUGCGAACACAUUCCUUGAUUAAAAAAUUUAACAUGAAUCAGAAAAGGGCCAUGUGUUUCUCUAUAAAAUUGUUCUCUAUGGAGAUUCUAUUGGAUUUUUUUUUUGUUAUUAGAAAGACAAAAAAAAUCAUUAGGAAGUACAUAAUUUGAAGUUGAUGUUGUGUCCUAUUUUUUUUCUGACCAUUAAGAACCAGAACAGCUUCAAAAGAAGUUUUGUCUUUGUACAUAGCUACAAUCUCAAUAUUUAUGAAACUCACUGUGAGCUUCUUCUUCUUUUUUA